GAUCGCGCUUUUCCCCGGGUCGUUUGCGUCUGUUUGCUGAAAUAACGGUCGUUUAUAGCUGCAAUUUUUUCCACUGUUCAAUAAAGUGUGGCAGGUCGUGAUCGUCGCAGUGCUUUUCGUCAGUGUAUUUUUAUUGCGACCUAAGUGCAGAACAGUGUUUCCCGGUACGAAGCUGAACGUGCAGUUCGAGCCUGUCGUGUGACCAGCAAAGUAAACAGGAGCACAUUCGAGCGACCUCAAACCUAAAGGUUUCAGCUGGGCUUUAUCCAAUGGUUGAUUCCUGCCUCCAGUAUCAGACAUUCCCUACGUCGCAGGCUGACACAUAUAUUACCGCGUGCUGCUAACGAAUUCUUUGCAAUCCCCACCGAAUUACACUAAAUCUUAGUGCUACACACUCCUGCAGUAAAAUGUCCAAACCAAAUGCCAAGGAGGUAGAGAUGAACACAAUGCACCGAUCCGGCUCGGCUAACCGGUUCCAGGUGAAUCUGGUAAAUCACGAUGAACGAACGGGCGGCGGCGGCGGUGGUGGAGGCCUCAAUGGCAACGCGGAAGUUACCACCGACGACGAUACCUUCCCAGAGGAGCUGGUGAAGCGGCGUACCUCCCGGUUGCAAUCGCUGCGGCCCAGCUUCCGCGAUAAGGAGCGCAAAAACUCACAGACCACCCGCUUCAAGGUGGACAACAAUGGGUCCGAUUCCAACGAUGACGAGGAAGAUAAUCUGAUCGACGAAAAUAAGUACGCCAGAAGCUUUAGGCAUUUCACCAGAGAAGCACUUCCACGAGUAGACAACUACCGGAAUAUACUUUCCUUCCAGGCCAACAAUCGGCCAACGCUGGACGAGCUUCACCAUGCGUCGAUUACUAACAAGGAAACCAUGCGCCGCGGGACGGUACAGGUGGAUCUGGGUGAGCUGGAAGGCACGGUUAAGUUCGGUUGGAUCAAAGGAGUGCUGAUGCGUUGCCUGCUGAACAUCUGGGGUGUGAUGCUGUUCCUGCGACUCAGCUGGGUCGUCGGCCAGGCAGGAAUCAUACAGGGCGUGGUGCUAAUCCUGAUCACAACCGUGGUGACGACAAUUACGGCUCUCUCGAUGUCGGCGAUUAGUACGAACGGGGUGAUCAAGGGCGGCGGGACGUACUACAUGAUAUCCCGCUCGCUGGGGCCCGAGUUCGGUGGUUCGAUCGGAUUGAUUUUUGCGCUGGCCAAUGCCGUUGCGUGUGCUAUGUACGUUGUUGGCUUUUGUGAGUCGAUGACGGAUCUGUUGGCUUCCUUUGGGCUGGAAAUCAUUGACGGUGACGUGCAGGACAUUCGAAUCAUAGGGUGCAUUACGAUUGUAAUUCUGCUCGGGAUUGUCGUUGUCGGAAUGGAGUGGGAAGCGAAGGCCCAAGUGGUGCUACUAAUUAUACUCCUUGUGGCUAUCGCCGAUUUUUGCAUAGGAACUCUUAUCGGACCAAAAUCCGAUACAGAUAUAGCAAAGGGAUUUGUUGGAUACAAUGCGUCACUCCUCGUCGAAAACCUUAGUUCGGACUACCGGACGGUUAAGAAUGUCAACCAUGAUUUCUUUUCCGUGUUUGCUAUUUUCUUCCCGGCAGCCACGGGUAUUUUGGCUGGAGCCAACAUAAGCGGCGAUUUAAAGGACCCUUCAAAAUCCAUCCCGAAGGGCACGAUUUUAGCUAUUGUUUUAACCUCUUUAUCGUAUGUUGGAAUGGCUAUUAUGGCUGGAGCUACGGUGCUUCGUGAUGCUACGGGAAACGUAACAGACACGUUAAAUGGAUCGUGGAGCUUUGCCGAGUGUGCUCCCGAGCAAUGUGAAUACGGACUGCACAACUCGUUCCAAGUAAUGGAGAUGGUAUCUGCUUUUGGACCGAUCAUCUAUGCGGGUUGUUUCGCCGCAACCUUGUCUUCAGCUCUAGCAAGUUUAGUGUCCGCACCGAAGGUGUUUCAGGCACUUUGCAAAGAUAAGCUCUAUCCGAAGAUCGGAUGGUUCGGCAAGGGAUUUGGUAAAAAUAACGAACCCGUUCGAGGCUACAUAUUGACGUUUGUGAUAUCGGUGGCGGUGAUUCUAAUCGGUGAGCUGAACUUGAUUGCUCCUCUGAUUUCAAACUUCUUUCUGGCGGCUUACUGUUUAGUGAACUUCAGCACUUUCCAUGCAAGCUUAGCGAAACCGGUCGGUUGGCGGCCGACAUUUAGGUUCUAUAACAUGUGGCUCAGCCUUAUCGGUGCUAUUCUGUGCAUUGCAGUGAUGUUUUUGAUUUCCUGGCCAACGGCAUUGAUUACGUUUGCCGUAGUGUUAGCCCUGUACCUGUUUGUGUCUUACCGUAAACCGGAUGUGAAUUGGGGUUCCACAACGCAAGCUCAAACCUAUAAAAAUGCCCUCCUCUCCGUUCAGCAGCUUAACAACGUGGAAGACCACGUCAAGAACUACCGUCCACAGAUACUAGUCAUGUCCGGCCAUCCCAGCACUCGACCAUUGCUGGUCAACUUUUCCUAUCUGCUUACGAAGAAUCUAUCCCUCAUGGUCUGCGGGCAUAUCAACAAGACGCAAACAUCUCAGAAAUAUCGCAACUAUCUGCAGCGAAAAGCAACCGAUUGGUUCCGGCGGCACAAGGUAAAAGGAUUCUAUGCCUAUGUGGACGACAAUGACUUCGAAACUGGAGCUCGAGCAGCGAUGCAAGCCAGCGGAAUCGGAAAGCUGCGACCGAACGUUCUGCUGUUGGGCUACAAGAACGAUUGGAGCAAAUGCGACGCGGUUGAACUGGAACAGUACUUCAACGUGGUGCACAAGGCACUGGAUAUGUACUUAUCCGUAGCGAUUUUGCGCGUUGCCAAGGGGUUGGACUACUCGCAAGUGCUAGGGGAAGAAACCAGCGUCAAACAUAUAAUGGACACACCCCGUUCGCUGGUCCACAACGAUAGUACGAACGAUCUGGAUGGGCAGAACAAGAUCAGUUCGCUGCACGGCAGUUGCGAUUCGUUGAGUCGCAAUUUGUCGCAAGCCGAACGGAACAAUGUACGCGAAAAGAAUGAGAAGAAUCUCAAAGCCAGCAGUACCAGUGACUUGACAGUUGGAACACCUCGCAACCAAACCGUUUCCGGUAUGCCCGAUCCAAUGGACAUCAAUGCCAAGCUGCUUAACGAAACGAACCAACGCUCGUUAAAGCGCACCCACAACGAUCCGGCCCUGCUGUACCGUGGACCGGGAGGCGUCGAACUGCCGAAGGACAUUCUGGACGAGUUGAGCCAAUUUAACAGCAAGAAAAAGAACGGCAUCAUCGACGUGUGGUGGUUGUACGACGACGGUGGCCUGACGCUACUGCUGCCGUACAUUAUCAGCACCAGGCGCAACUGGAGUGCCUGCAAGCUACGUGUAUUUGCGCUGGCCAAUCGUAAAGCCGAGCUGGAGUUCGAGCAACGCAACAUGGCUAGCCUGCUGGCCAAAUUCCGUAUCGACUAUUCGGACCUAAAGCUGCUCCCGGACGUGACGAAGAAACCCGAGCAGAGUACGGUUAACUUCUUCAAGGGAUUGAUUAAAGAUUUCACCGGUGAAGAAGCUGGUCAAAUUUCUGAAGCGGAGCUGCUAGCCGUUCAGGACAAAACGAAUCGGCAUUUAAAUUUGCGCGAGUAUCUUCUGCAGCAGUCCACCAAGUCGGAUCUGGUGGUGAUGACACUUCCGAUGCCACGGAAGGGCGUUGUCUCUGCGCCGCUGUACAUGGCAUGGCUGGAAACGCUCAGCCAAGGACUUCCACCGUUCUUGUUUGUGCGGGGCAACCAAACUAGCGUUCUGACGUUCUACUCUUAACCGUGGAGAAAAGCGACUAGACAAACGCCACACAUAAACCGCAACAUCCGUACAUACUUUCAUACAACCCCUUUUUAUAGGCUUUUAAUAAUUGUUUACGAAGCAUAUUUUGUCUUUUCUGUGGUUUCACCGUAGGUACAGAAAACAAGCACAUUUAAGUAAUUUAUUUGCAUGAUUUCACGAAGCUGUUGCAGCAGUCAGCUGAUACCGGGCAGAUAAGCGGAUUUGCCGUACGAUAAACAACUCAGAUUAUAAUUUCCACUUGCACCCAUAGGAAUUAAUCAGCGACGCAGUGUAGGAAAAGUUUUUCUCCAACCGUCAGUAUUGCAUUUCAUACAGCACAAAUCGUAUCGUUUAGCGCACCGUAAUGAUUGUUAUAUUAUUAAACUUUUUGUUACUCGAGUAAGUUAUCAGUUAUCCCUUUCACGAGCCGGCUGAGACCUACAUAGUAGAAGUAAUCCGGAGGUGGGCUUGUUGGUUGAUUGGAUAGGCAACUGUGUAGUGAUAGUGGCUCCUCCGUAGGUACGCACAAGGAUGGCGCUUAAUGAAGUUCGCAUUAUUUAGAUUUACUCCGUUCGCCAUUGCCGGAUUGAAUGGUCUGUACAAUUACAGUUUAAGAAAAAAAAUACAGUAUACAUCAAGCAAAAA